AUGUCGACCCUCUCACGUCCUCAACCAGCUCUACGGACGCUGACCACGUCGCAUUGCAUUCCCGAAGAGCCUGCAUCCGCACAGCCAACAACUCCCUCCUCUCCGACUUCCAUGCCCCCAUCGCUCGGAUACUCGUCCACUUCCUCGCUUGAUGAACCCGAAGAGCCAGUCGCUCGCCGUCGACGCGCCUCCACCAAAUUGAUUUCCCAGAGUGCGAGAGAUAUUCAAAAAAUUAUCGGAGGGGCAACGACGACCAGCAUCACCGAAAAAUGUUGUGGUGGCGGAUGUUGUAUGGCCAUUACCAACACGGACAAAUUGACCUAUGAACGUGUCCCUCUACCCGAUAAUGACGCAUAUCGAGCCCUCAAGUUGGAGGUCGGCUUGAUUCCUACAAGAUUAUCUGGCGUUCCCCAAGUGACUCCAAAGAAUACCGUGGAAUUGUUAUCAACGAAACAUGCGACGUCCAUCCCAUCGCCCGCGGAUUCCGGAAUUGGGUUGGAAAAUGAAGCCGAGGCAAGAGAUGGUUCGGUCGAUUUUACCCCACAUGGCAUCGAGUCGCAUAAGAUUGACACCUCGAUCCACCCACCAAACUUUGUACAACCUCACCCUCCUUAUAACGUCUAUUCCGCGAAACUCUUUAGUGCACGCGAGCUCACGAAGCCGGGCGCCGAGAAGCGGACGUACCACGUAGAACUCGAUAUCACCGAUUAUCCAGUCGAAGAUGGAGGUGACUUUAAGGUUGGAGGGGCAAUUGGUGUCAUGGCUCCCAAUGAGGCCGGUAUGGUUGAGGAACUGAUGGAUUUACUAUGCAUUCCUCGACAUCUUCGUGAUCGGCCUGUUCUUCUCAAGACUGGUGGUGGCAGAUGGCCAACGGUCUGGGGCGGCGAGAAGCCACGAGAGCUCAUCACUACCCGACGCGAUUUACUUACUUGGACCUCGGAUAUCGAAUCAUAUUACCCAACCAAACAACUAAUUCGUUUUUUGGCCGAGUAUGCAUCGGAUGAAGACGAAAAGAAGCUGUUAAUGUAUCUAUGCAGUGCUAAUGGUCAAGACCUAUUCUGCAGUCUUCGAACUGGUCCGCAUAUGACCUUGGUUCAACUUCUCCACGCAUUCCCAUCGAGCAAGCCACCUCUUGAUCAACUUUUAGCCCACCUCGAAUAUAUCAAGGCAAGAUUUUACUCGCUAUCCAACGAUCCCGUUGAGUCUUGUGUUCCAAGAGCUGGAUGUGCACGUCUCAUUGAGAUUGCUGUUACAAUUCACCAGGAUAGUGAUUGGCGUGCGGGAACUAGGACUGGUCAUGGUAGUGGAUUUUUUGAACGACAAGCCAAGAGAUUCAUCGAGGCUCACGAAAAGGGCGAGAAGAUUGAUUUGAGAGUUCCUAUAUUCAAGGGUCUGAUGGCCAAUCCAUUAGCCAAAGAAUUCGUUCCCGAUGGACCUAUGCUCUUGAUUGGUGCAGGUGUUGGUAUCGCUCCUUUCCGAGGAUUUGUCCAACGACGAUUGAAGAUGGCCAACUGUGCCAACAAGGUAUGGGUUCUUCAAGGAGUUCGAGAUUCUCUACUGGAUGAAAUCUACUCUGGUGAAUGGGGUGUCCACGAGGAUGAAGUUAAGAGGGUCGUCGAGAGUCGCCAAGCUUCCGGCAAGGGAAAAUAUGUUCAAGACGAGGUUCGCGCACAAGCCGAUCUAGUCUGGUUUGUCAUCAACAGUCUCGACGGUCGAGUUUUUGUUUGCGGUAGCAGCCAAGGCAUGGGCGAAGGAGUCGAAAAUGCACUGAUCGAUGUCGCUGUACAAAAGGGUAACCUGGGUCGAGAAGAGGCUCAGAAAUUCUGGGAUAUCAAGAAGAAGGAUGGACAAUAUGUUGCAGAGACCUGGUAA